AAAAGCAAAUCAUGCCAAAACAGGGAGUCCAUAAACAGUUUGGGAAUUAUUAGGGAAUGAUGCGCAGGGCCCGUGCCUGGCGAUUAGAAACAGUGAGAGGAAAACAAUGGAGAAGUUGUGUUUGUGAAGAUUUGGGGCCAAAGAAGAAGAAAAAAACUUGUAUCGCUUUCCCUCUUGGCACGGAUACGGUUUCGGGAAUCGACAACAUGUUAAACUGCAGAUGGACCACAACUAAGAAAAGGUGCUUGGAUGUGUAACAGCUACCCGUGGAGUUGCCAAUGCGUGUGUGAGAGCCGUAACAAAAGACAUGAACAAUGGCAGAAAGCGAGGAGAAGAAUGCGGCUGUGUAUCGCAGCGUCUCUUUCAGAAAGCUGGGGUCCUGGGGCGCCAACAGGAGGGAAGAGCAGCCACACAAAUCAGGGGAUUUGGAGGCAGUUGGCGUCGCCCUUCCCCCGGAGCCCAGCAAAGCAGAGCAGCCCUUGACGACGACGACGCGUAAUGUCAGUGUGUCAAGAAAAGUUUCCAAAAUCUCUGCCACCACCGCCAGCCUCCUAACCGCAGAGCCAAAGAGAGGCUCUCCCUCUCUUCUCUCCUUCAUUUCUCCAUCCAUCCGCGAGCUGACUGAGAAGUUCAGCAACAGCAGCAGCAGGAGGAGUAACAGCAGCGGCUCCGCCAGGACGCACACAGCCUCGCCGGGAGACUGUGCAGCGGACACGCGGGGGAGCAGCACUUUUCCCCGGGCCCGAGGCUCCAGGAGUGACGGGGUUUCACCUGGGAAAACUUUUCAUGAGGACAGCGGCGGUGUUGGUGGUGGAUAUUUCCAGGAUAGUGACAGCGCAACAGCAGAACCUCUUUCAGACAGCAGAGCGCUUAAGUUUCACUCGGGCACCGACUCUGUGUCAGGCUCAGACUCGGACAGGAAAAGCGACAAGCGGAUCUUUAGAAGUUUAUCAAGCGACAGCGGCGGCAAGUCGGGUAAGAGAGACUAUUCCCAGAUUAAUGCACCUCCUUCUGAGCUCACAAAGACUUUGACUCCAGAUGAAGAGGAGGAUGUUAGCAGUAGAGGGGUUCCUCCACCCUGCAAAGCCCACAGAAGUUAUCACGCCACACACUACACUGACUUUCAUCCCCUGCACUCUGACAAGUGGCCCAGUGUUACUAAAAUUAGACAGCUGUUUGAUGAGAGGCAAAGCAAGCCUUUGCAGCAGGGCAAGACUGUUGAAGCUUGUGAGGAUUUAAAGGCAGCUGGCCAAGGCCACCUGCAGGAGCUCACCUGCAGCUCUGAGAGACACAGACUGUGUCCCUGCAGCUCAGCUAAUGAAGGCUGUGACCUGCCCUUUCAUGACAAGUGCCUAGCUGGAGUACAGAGCAGAGAGAGUGGUGCUGCUAAAGAGACUUUAACGUAUGGUUUGUGCUUUUACUCCAAAGCCGACCACUCUCGGCACUCAAAUGAUGAGGAGGCAGACGUAGAGGCGCGCAGUCAGAGUAACAGAGUGUCUGGCAGAAACACUUCUGGUAGCAGUUGUGGUCGCUACCACGGGGUUAAAUCAUCUCCAUACAGGUCUCAUAGUCCCAGCGCUGAGGCGGCGGCUCAGGCCCCCAGAUCGACAGGAUUGACAUCUGACCCUAACCCUGACCUUCAACCCUGUCCCGCUUCGUCUCGGAGUCGAUCGGAGAGCUCAGACACCACCUCCUGCUCCUCCUCUCUUCACCAGCCGACAGCGAGGGAGAGAAGGGAUAGACAGGGGGUCGGGCUGCCCAGGGAUAGUUUACAUUCCUUACAUAGCUCCUCUAGAGCUCCAGCCCCCUCCGCCUCCUCUCUCUCCUCUGCUCCAGCUCCAGAUAAAGCCAUUACCGCCUCCUCCUUCUCCUCCUCCUCCACUGUAGCUCCCUCCACUGAGUUAACACACCCAGCGAAAGUUGCUUCUCCCCUCAGCUCCCGCUGGAGGUUUAGCUCUGGAGACGAAGAGGAGGAGCAGACCAGGAGAAAAAGAGGAGGCAGUUGGAGUGCUUCUUAUAAGCCCUCUCCGUCUGUCUCCUACCGAGCAGGAGAGAGGGGUGACACAGAGCGAGCAGGCAGCUAUUUAUCCCGCAGUAAAAAUGGCUGGUGGGGCACAAAGGCCAUUGGCAGGUCUUCAGGCAGCGAGGAGGACAGUCCUGGUUCCUUAGGCCCCCACUGCCGAGAGGCAGUCCGCCGGCGCUCGCUGAGAAAGAAGAAGAAAGUCAGCGGGGCUGCUCUAAUAACAGGCCGUGAUGACUACGACGAUCAUGAUGGCGAAUCAGAAGACAGUGACAGUGAUGCGGCCGUGAUGAUGGAGCACCUAGAGAGGCAGCACCAGCAAAACACAGGAGGGGAAUUUGGCGGGGCGGUAACCCGGAGCCACUCGGCACGAGAACCCAGCAGUCACAGAGCCAGGGUGCAGCAGUGGGAGCGCAUCACCUCACCUGUGACCUCAGUGACGCUCCCAGGUGUGUCGCGAGUGUCAAAGGUCAGCAUACCCCCAAUUCUGUCCAGCCCCGGCGAGUCACGUUGCAGCAGCCGGUACUCAAGCACCGAGACACUGAAAGAGGAGGACUUGGCUGGCUGUGCCAACCGUGCAGCUAAUGUGUUGUUUAAUACGAGGGGAGCAGAAGGUAGCACUAGUAGAGCGGCGGCGUCUUCCAUGUUGAGUAAAACUUACCAUGGGAAUUUUACCAUGUACCGCUCCCCGAGUUUCGGCCAUGGGGACAACUUCUCCCGUGCCCCUGUGCGUGUGCGCCCCAAGAUUGUGCCAGCUGUAACACCGUUGCCUAGUGCAUUUGCCAGUGGGUUAUCUUCAGGGAAGAGAGGUGGUGAGAACGUGGGAUUAAGGAAAAUCACAGCAGGGGGUAGGGUCAAUGAUAAUGAGAAACACCAGAUAUCCACAUCCAACCCUGAUAUCACCUCAGAAACUAUGACGCUCUUAAGCUUUCUCAAAUCUGACCUGCCGGGCCUGAGGGUGCAUAAAUCAAGUGGAGGGGAUAGAUCAGGGGUUGGGGAGGGGUCAUCAUCAGUGUAUAGGAUUGGUUCAGGGGCUCACGGCGGGACCCUGCUAUCUUCAGGGCGUCGCCCGUCUCUCAAAGACCUGACAGCCACUUUGCGGCGUGCGAAAUCCUUUACUUAUUCAGACAAACCUGCUCCUGCCACCAGGUGUUACUUGACAAGCGGCCCCACAAAGAGGAGCUCCUCUGAGCAGCGGCUUGAUUCGGAUGGAGAGAGCAGUGGAGGGAGGGUGGUGGUGUCAGACAGGGAAGUAGAAAGUGAUGGUGGAGAUUUUAGGGUUGGGAGAGGGCGCAGAAUGAGGGAUUAUGGAUUUGAUGGUGAUUUUGAUGAUGAUGAAGCGAUGCCAGUGCAGGACAUGUAUGUGCAGGAAGCCAGACAGGUCAUUAGAGAUAUCUGCCAGAUGAGCACGAGGGAAGAUGAUGACGACGAUUGUGUAGCUGUAAGAGGAAGUGACAGUAUUUCUAGGGCUGACUGUUUGAAGUUUAAGAAAACAAUCGAGGAGAUGGAGAAGGCUGGGGAGGGCAUAAAGGAGGAGGCAAGGAGAGCUCAAGGGGCUAGGUUUGAGAACACAAAAGACAAGGAUAAACAUAAGAGGGAGAGUGAGAACAAGGUGAGGGAGAGGGGUGAUUCGGAUGAAAGCGUGUUCUAUGACCGCUCUGUGGAUGAACUUUCGGGCCCUGAGUCGAGUUUAACAGAUGAAGGGAUUGUGACGGAGCCUGAGACGGGACCCGGCGACCCCUCAGAUAGGUCAUACUUGGGCUCAGAAGGGGGCGAUUUGGGGUCAAGAAUAGCAUGGGAUGUGCUAGAGCAGCCGGUCACUGUAUGGAAGCAGUCUGCGCUCCAUGAGGUGGACGGGUUUAAGCAGGAGGGAGAAAAGAUCACAGAGAACAGCUUGAGCUGUGCAAAUCGUCUGAAUGAGGUGAGCGCGCCUCGCACCGUGGCUCUUCCUGCCCGUGUGGCUGAGAAUGACAGCCUUGUCACAGAGCAGAACACUGCUGCUGGUAUUGCCAACGUCAGUGAGGGGAUCCACGGUAACAGUGCCGGGGGGUCAGCAGCCACUGCGGGAGGAGGGGGAGGGUCUGAAACCCCCGCAACCCCGAACGCUGUCCGUCGAAGGCGCAAAUUCUCCCCCUCUGGUAACGCGGGCUCUGAUUCCAGUAAUGGCAGCAAUGCAGAGUCAACAACAGGAUCAGCUGUGGGAAAUGGGGAGUCUACAGUCUACCGCUCUCUCAGUGACCCCAUGCCUCAGCGGCGCUGCUCUGUGGCAGAAGAGGGGAACAACAACUUUUCUUCUGUGGACAGCAACCUGUUAGGAUCCUUGUCUGUCAAAGGUGGAGGGGGAGGUGCUCCAGAAGCCUCUUCUGUGGGCACGCUGUCAGAAUAUAAAGGCAGUGUGGCCAGUGACCUGUCAGUUUGCAGUGAUGGCGGGCUUCGUGAUGACGCCAUUCGGGAUUACAGUGGGGUGAUCAGGAACAUUGUGGCUGAGCCAGGUGCGAUGGACAGACUGAUGGCAGAUGAGCACAGCAAUGGCAAAGCCCCCAAGAAGAAGUCAUUCAGUGACCCCAGUCGCCGUAGUGAUGCCCCUUUUAUUUCUCAAAAUGACCCUCAGUGCAGAGGUCAGACUGGCAGCACUCAGCCAAUCAGUGAGCUGGAGCACCUGGGCCAGAUUCCACCUUCCAGCAGCGAGCCAAUCCUGAGCGAGCAGAGAGAGGAACUGUGGGAACCCGAAGUUAAACCUAAACAUGCGCAUGUGCAUCAGCAGCCGAAUGGCAGCAAUAAAGUCACAAAGGCUCGCUCCCUGUCGGAAAGCACCCCUCCCUCCGAAUACCACGAUGAUGAAGAUGGUGAUGUCAUAGACCAAGGUGAAGAGGACGAGGUCCAGAAGUUUAACUUUGACCUUAAACUAGCCGGAGCUCUGUCUCCCAGAAUGAAUCGUCGGCCCACCAGAAAACGUCCAAACAGGUUGACGUUCUCCCCUCCUGAGGAUCCAUUUGAGCCGGCGGAGCUGGGCUCAGAGGGGCACGAGGACCGCAGCGACCAAACCAAGCUCGCAUCUCCUCUUUCCCCACUGCCACUGCAGUCCAAACCCAAAACCAUACCCAAGCAUGCCCGCCACACCAGCGAGCCCACCACCUUCAUCCCCAUCUCCCCACCUCCACAACUCCAGCCCCUCAAGGAGGUAGACUUUGCCGUCCGAUCCACUACAGAACCCCCGCCCGGAAGCAGGCCUUCAGGAGACGAGGCCCCUUCGCUGGAGGAUGUGACGCAGAAAUACAUCCUUGAUCUGAGCACUUCUGAAAGGGACCCCGAGGGCCCAGGAGGGCUUUCAGCACACUGCGCAGUGUCAGCUUCAGAGGGACCCAGCGAGACCAGCCCCACUGGAGUGGCAGAAGCCGGACCACAGAAGAAGGAGGACGCUCCAUCUGCGCCCACGCCACAGAGAGCCAAGCCUAAAGUGGAUAUGAGGAAGCAUGUCAUGAUGACCCUCUUAGACACAGAGCAGUCAUAUGUGGAGUCACUGCGUACUCUUAUUCAGGGCUACAUGCGUCCUCUCAAACAGCCGGACAGUGGCUCUAUAGUGGACCCCCUGCUGGUGGACGAGAUGUUCUACCAAAUCCCAGAGAUCCUGGAGCACCACGAACAGUUCCUGGAGCAGGUCUCCGGCUGUGUGAGCCAGUGGCACGACAGGCAGACCGUUGGACACCUUCUUAUCCAGUCGUUCUCCAAAGAAGCACUAGCUAACAUGUACUCUGCAUACAUUGACAACUUCCUCAAUGCUAAAGACGCUGUGAGGAUUGCCAAGGAGGCCAAGCCAGCGUUUCACAAGUUUCUCGAGCAAAACAUGCGUGAGAACAAGGAGAAGCAGGCUCUGGGUGAUCUGAUGAUCAAGCCGGUGCAGAGGAUUCCUCGAUACGAGCUGCUAGUUAAGGAUUUGCUCAAGCACACUCCAGAGGAUCACCCAGACCACCCGUACUUACUGGACGCCCAGAGGGACAUUAAACGACUGGCGGAGAAGAUCAAUAAAGGAAGACGCUCUGCUGAGGAGGCAGAGAGGGAAGCCAGGGUCAUCCAGGAGAUUGAGGCACACAUAGAAGGAGUCGAGCACAUUCUAAACCCCCAGAGGAAGUUCUUGAGACAAGAAAUAGUCAUGGAGGCGAAGACAGUGGGUGGAAAGAAGGAUCGUUCCCUCUUCCUCUUCAGUGAUCUGAUCAUCUGCACCACUCUCAAGAGGAAGUCUGGCUCAUUAAGACGCAGCUCCAUGAGCCUAUACUCUGCUGCCAGCGUGAUUGAUACUUCAAGUAAAUACAAGUUUUUGUGGAAACUUCCCCUGGAGGAUGUGGAGGUGGUGAAAAGCUCCACGCAGGCAACAAAUAAGGACAGUAUCCAGAAGAUGAUUGGCCGGUUAGAUGAGGAUCUCAGCACGCUGGGUCAGAUCAGCAAGCUGGCUGAGACCCUCAGCCUCCCACACCAGCCCCUAGACGAGGUAAUAAAGGAUCUGAUGGCCUCGGUGCACAGGGAGCUUUCGGAUAAACAGUCGUUGGCCUUCAGUAUGACCUUCCUGCCCACAAAGCUGGAGUUGACCACUACUUCUGCAGAGACAAGCUUCAUUUUUGAGUUUGCUACGCCCGAUGCUCGCUCCAGCUUCGAGCAGGCCUUCGAGGAGGCCAAGAAAAAAUUAGCGAUGAAUAAGGACCAGUGGGACCCAGAGUUCCUGAAGGCCAUUCCCAUUAUGAAGACCCGCAGUGGAAUGCAAUUUUCAUGCGCCUCUCCCAGCCACAGCUGUCUAGACAGCGGAUGUGAAGUGUGGGUGUGUAACAGUGACGGAUACGUGGGACAGGUUUGUCUGCUGAACAUCAAAGAUGAGCCCACAGUGGAGGCGUGUAUCGCUGUCUGCUCAGCCAGGAUUAUCUGUAUUGCUGCAGUACCGGGACUUAAGGGAAGGGAGCGUGGAUCAGAGCCUCCUCUUGCACCUACCUCUGUGGCAGCUGGUCACACCCAGCAGCAGCUCCUCAUAUCCAUUUCUCAGUCAACUCCAGAAUUAACAGAGCAACCCACAGGACCAGGGGCGGAGCUUGUUCCGUUUGACAGUGACGACACAGAUGACGAAGAUUCCCCCAGUCCCUCUUCAACCCUACAGAGUCAGGCCAGUCACUCCACCAUAUCGUCCAGCUACGGCAAUGACGAGGGUCCAGGCUCCAAGGACAUGGCUACAGAGACCACCAGCAGUGAGGAGGAGCAGGAGUUCCCAGUGCCGAGCUCAUAUGGCUCUCAAGGGAUGCUGGGGGUCGGUGGCGUAAGCCGCGUCCACGCAGAGAGUCCGAUGGAUGGCCGUGCCAUGCGCCGAUCGUCCCGAGGAUCUUUUACCCGGGCGAGUCUGGAGGAUCUGCUCAGUAUCGACCCAGAGGCCUACCAGAGCUCUGUGUGGUUGGGAACGGAGGAUGGAUGCAUCCACGUGUACCAGUCCUCAGACAACAUCCGAAACCGUAAAAACAGCAUGAAGAUGCAGCACUCGGCGUCCAUCCUCUGUAUACUGUAUUUGGACAACAAAGUGUUUGUGUCCUUAGCAAAUGGAGAGGUGAUUGUUUACCAGAGAGAAGCAGGUAGUUUCUGGGACCCUCAGUCUUCUCAAACAUUAGUUCUGGGUACACCUACAAGUCCUGUCACCAAAAUGGUUCCCGUAGGAGGGAAGCUGUGGUGUGGCUCACAGAACAGAGUCCUUAUCAUCAACACAACUACACUAGUACAAGAGCACUGGUUCCAGGUGGGCACUGACAGCAGUCGGUGUGUGACAUGCAUGGUGGCGUACAGUCAGGGUGUGUGGCUGGCGUUGCAGGGCAGUGCGCAGGUCAAACUAUACCAUGCUCAGACCUGGGAGAGCCUGACAGAGGUCGACGUAGCACCAGCUGUGCACAAGAUGCUUGCAGGUGCAGAUGCGAUCAUCAGACAGCACAAGGCUGCCUGUCUGAGAAUCACAGCCCUGCUAGCAUGUAAGGAUCUGCUGUGGAUCGGCACCAGCGCAGGGGUGGUUCUUACGCUGGUGAUCCCAGCAGUGAGCUCAGGAACUGUGGCCGGGACUCUGAAAUUUCCCCUGGUGCCAAUGGGCUCAGCUCACGGACACACGGGCCACGUCCGGUUCCUGACGUCAGUCGAACUACCAGAAGGGUUUGACAUGAACUUCCCUCCUAAUACAAGUGACCCCACAGGCAAUCAGUCCCAAAACAGCAGCACAGUUGAUGGAAGUCUCCAGAGGCGCGACUCCGCACGCCGCCGAGCUUCUGCGCACAUCCCUCCGAAAACCAACCAUCUAGUCAUUUCCGGUGGCGAUGGCUACGAGGACUUCAGACUGACUAAUAGCAGUGAAACAGUGGGACGGGAUGACAGUACCAACCACCUUUUGCUUUGGAGGGUUUGAGACAAUCGAACUGUUAGUUUUACCGACCUGACCCAGCCUCCCUCUGGCUGAAAUCAGCGCACAAGCUCCUCGUCCUUUAACCCCAUCAGACUCCUCACUUUUCGGUGUUGCUGUUGCGUUCUUCUGCUCGGUCCGCUGGUCUCUAUGUGCGUAACGUGGCUGUUGACUCCCCGGACUUUCUAAUGAGUACGAUCACUUCAAAUCCAGUUUUCUUGUGUUAAUGUUUCUGAUGAUGUGCAUGUCUGUGUGUGCUUUUUCGGUUUGUGGCAUCGGCCGAGUAUUGUCGGCAAAAAAAAGGUGUUUAGACUGAAGGAGCCAGAAAGAGACAGAGAACGGAGACUUGAACUAUCACAGAUGGACAUAUGUUCAAAAUGCGAAUGACAAACAAGAAAAGUCGACUUGGAUUCUGCAGAGUCUCUGCACACGAGGCUGAAAGCGGACAUUUAUGAAAAACUCUGGCAUGAAUCAGGUGAAGCAUGAGCUUGUCCUUUGAAAUUAUGUUUUUUGGAACGAAACACUUAAUCUUAACUUGAGCUUCACAUAAAACGCCUCCCAGCGAUCUAUAAAAAAAUCAACAAAAGUGAAAGAUAUUAACACAGACUGUAGUUUGAUGGAUAUUUGGAAUAAUGAAUAUGCCCUUGUUUUUUCAUCUAGAUUUUAAGCAUAUCGAAGUUUUAAAUGUCUGAUCUUAUAAGGAAGUGAAGGACAAACAUCAAUUCCACUGCCAUCGAUAAUACAUGUUACUGCUAACAUCAUCUUUCCUCCUGUUUAGUGAGAGUAAGCAUCAUUUAAGUGCAAUAUGUGGCAGUAGAGGUAUGUAACAAGACUGAACACAUAUACUCCCAUACAUUCAUGCACGGCCUUCACUCAGUGAGUCAAGAGAUUUGUGAAAAGCACGUGUGUUCUCUGUAGAAAAUCACACCAACAUUUAUCUUUUUUUCUUCUUCACAUAUUGAAUUUUUGUUUAAGAUGACAGAAGUGUAGAUGAAGCAGUGUCCCACUACUGGUAGAGGAAAAAAAAAAGUAGAUUGAAGACAUUCCUUCUUAACGCGACUAUGCCAAAGCCUUUUGUGUGCUAAUGUGUUGACACUAAGGGAUCUGAAAAGAUUUCUUUUGCCGUGAAAUUUUCAGUGUUUGGAGCGUUCUGUCACGAGGAGAGAUAGGUGAUCUUUAAAGAUGACGAUAGGCUGUGGUAGCAGAUGAAGAUAGUUAUGUACAGUAUUUAUGGUUUUGAUUUUUAGCGCCGCCUUUUACAGCACUUAAUUUAUAGAAGAUGUAGCUUCCACUUUUCUUUUCAAGUUUAAUAACGAGGAGGCUCGGUUAACAAAAUUGAUUACCAGGAGACAGAUCUGCACACGAGGGGUGUAGGGAUACAGUCCGGUCAUGGUUCGGUACGAUUCACAAGACUGGGUUCUUGCACUGUUUUGCAUUAUUUCCCUUUGCGCUGCAUCUCAGAGCAGCUUUUAGGCAGACUGAAAACACAGCCACUCAACCUCAUAAUUGUAUGGAAGUUUGUUCCGCAGCCAUCUUUAGGAAAAAUUUUGAGUUAGCGUGUCGAAAUUUUGAUUUAUUAUCCUGAAAUUUCAAGUUGCGUGGCUUGAAAUUUCGACUUACUCAGAAAAAACUUGAAAUUUUGAGAUGUAUUACCUAAUAAUAACUAAAUACCUCAAAAUUUCGACGUAGCUCUGUCACUGUCACAAACAAGCUUCCAUAUGAUUGAGUGCCAACUUCUAGAAUAUGCCUACAUUCUUUUCCAGCUCCACUGUGUGUAUUGUGGCACUUUCUUUACAGGACAUGUAGCGCUAAAAUGUAUGGAUACACCUCAAACACACCACAUCACACAGACAGGUAGCAGUAGCUGCCAGAGAACCAGAUGCUUGUAAUAAGGAGAAUAAGGACAAAUGCUGAGCAACUGCACGUGCCUUCAGAGAGAUAAAGGUUAAGCCAUUUCACUUACACAUGCACAGUGACAGUGAAAAGUCAGCUCUGCCUCAUCUUAUAGCAGUGGAAGCAAAUCAUGACUACAGCUUGCACACACACACACACACACACACGCUCGCCAGACCGGCUUUGGGGUUAAUCUGAGAUUGUUUUUGAUCCCUCCAAGCCUAGCAAAUACUGCAUUGCACCUUACCAGCCAUCUGGGCACUUCUCCUCAGCUUUUCCCACAUCCAUACAUGAGGAUCCACUGUGAGAGAUAGGCUAACAGCUAAGAGGAUUAGCUGGCCUUUGUGAUAGCUGCUAACUAGCAAGCGAGCCUCUGUUAAAGUGUAAAAAAGUGCUACUUAAGCGCUCUGUUAUCCAGUUGGAAAGCAUUUUCAAAAAAUAGCUUUUUUUCUGGUUCCUCUGUUGAAGAAAAAUUCACGUAGCCUGUUAGCAAAAAUUAAACGACUAGCUAAACAUUUUGGGACGCAUACUUAUUCGGUUUCUUGCCGAGAGUUAGCUAAAAAAGAUUUAUAUAAAUCUUGUGUGUUUAUGAGAACAAAAGUUAAGAAAAAGCUAGCUUAAAAAAACCCAUCUACCAGUGUUUUUGAGGAAAGCUAAUACCAAACAAAGUGUGUCGGGGUUUAUGUCAGUUUAUAAAAAAUGAAAAAAUAAAGCAGCGAGCUUAGAGGUUAACUAGCUAACAGUUUUUUGUUUUUUCAGCUCAUAGCGGCUUCACUAUUUCCCAUGAUUAUGGUUUUAACUUCUCAUUUACCAUAUAAUGUGAUCCUGGUGUCAUGGUUUAUGGUACACUUAAGUAACUCUCACAAGAAAAAUAAAAGGUAACGGUUUAAAAUUUUCAGUUUCCGCUAACUUUGAGAUAGCAGACAUUUAUUAAUUUUUUUAAAUGUUCAACAGAACUGAUUAAUGUCAGUGUGUCUGUGACUGCCUGAGAUAAAAUUUUGUGUAUUUUUGCUGGCUUGAGAGCGUCAGUAAUCCCUUCAGAAAAGGAGUUAGUAGCCAUAUUGGUCAACAGUGAAAAAACAUCUGUGCGCUGUCUCUGCUAUAUUUUCAUGGUGUGGGGUCUAACGUAACAUUUUCCUAAGUUUUAAAGUACGGAAGCCUGUUUCUGCCACUGGGAAAAACAAAAACAGACAAACAAACAGUUACUCAAAAGUUGAAAUUUCGAGAUAUGGAGUCUGUAAGUCAAACUUUUGAGAUGCGUAAUUUCGAAAGUUUGAGAUAACCUGAACUUUGAUACAAUAGCUUAAAAUUUUAAAUGAGAUCUACCUGGCUUUUAGUUUUGUGUGACAGAAACAAGCCUCCAAAGAAAAGAGUUUGGUCAUGGUCAGCAAGUUUGAAUACAGCUUUUUCAUAAACGUAGGUUUUCUUCCACCUUAACCGUAUACUUUUACACUGCCUCAGUAGUCACACAUGUAUAAAUCAUUGAAUAAUCACAUUUUCAGCAAGAACAUUUUAACCCAGUGAAAAUGAAACUGAACUGCUUCACACACAACCUUUCUUAACGUCUUAAAUAUGAAGUAAAAAUAAUCAAAAACCCGCCAUCACUGUAACUGUCAGCAACAUGUUUGUAAACCUCCUCAUGCCCAUUUGUGAACCGAGUCUUUAUUGUUGUAAAUAUUGGUACAUACUGCCUUUUUUCUGUAAAUAGUGCACCCAUGGUCCUCAAGUGUUGAUAUGAAUCUAAUGGCAUAUUUUUAUAUAUUUGUGUAAGGUUUGUUUUUCCUGUUUGUAUUUUUCUCCCCUUCCCCUCUGGCAUGCGCUGUCAGUCAUGUUUAAGUUAUAACUGUCAUAGAUCUUACAAAAAAGAAGGCAAGACGACCCCUGACAGAUAUUCAUGUUUUCACUCCAGAACAUGCUGAUGUUUGCCUUGUUACAGAUGUGACCAGGAAGGUAAAAAAAAAAAGGAAAUAAAUAAGAAGCUGCAGUUUUGCACUGCCGCCUGGUCGUAACUCUGUUGGACAUGUUGCAGCUGUGAUGAUGAGUCUAUCAGAGUUGCUUCCUGUACGUAGCUGUCCUUGUUUUGUCACUGUGGUUUCCUCUUUGUAAUUAAAUCAGUUCACUGGCUCCAGUU